UAUCAGUUCAAAAACUACUUUUACAAAUGUUUUGAAAAACGUAAAAAAGUUUUGAAAUGUAUGAUUUCAACAUGGCAUACCAAGACAAUGCAAAUGCAGUUCAGUUGGAUAUAAAAGUGAACAGUAAUAAUUUAUUACCGUUUACACAAAAAUAUAAUGCAGGAUCAUUACGAAUCCCUGCUGACCCUUCUUGGCCUAAAAUACCUCAACGUAAAUUAGUAAAUGAUAUUGAUGAUACCAUUGAAUCUCCAUGCAUAAUUACUUUAACUGGAACUCCUAGGAAAAGUCGUACAUUUGUUCAAACACCACUAAACCAAUCUCCUAAGUCUGUAAGAACCAAGGACAGUGCAUACUCUUCUUUUUGUCAUCAAAGAAUUACUACAAGUAUGCACACUUUGAAAAGAAUUCCUGGUUACGUCGAUCCCCGAUUUAAGAAAGUAACGAACGUUAAAAGGAAUCAAGAUACUUCUACUUCUACAAACUGCUUACAAAAUAAAGAAAUUGAAAAAUCUAUAGCUGAAAGAGAUACUGAUACGUAUGUGUUAUUUUUUAAAGAUUUAUAUUGUAUAUUGAAAGUACAUUAUUUUAAUAGGGGGCAAACGAAGAAGGAAGAGGCAGAAAAGCCUCAUGAAAAGUCUGAACCAUCAUCAAUACUUUGUGACUCUGAAUGUACUAAACAAAAUAUAAAUAUACAGGAUAAUAAAGAAAAUGUAAAGUUAAAUAUAAAUAACAUAGAGUCAAGAAAUGAAGAUAAUAUUUCAAAAAAUAUUAACAAAUGUGAGACUACAGAUAAGGAUAAAUGUGUAAAGUGUUCUCCUGAAUUAACAUUAAAAUCAACAGUAAAUGAUGCCAACACUCAGGUGGACAUAACUUCCUUACCAAUACAAGAAAAUAACGGACAGUUAUUUUUCGUGUUAGACAAGAAUCUUCAAUCGCAUCCCUUAAAUCCAAUACAUCUUGAUACAAUCACUAUACCUCAAGAAUGUGUAAAACAAUGUUAUAAUGUACAAGUUCCAGUUCUUACUUAUCAAAACAUACCAAUGCAAGUAGCUACCGCGGGAACAAGCAGCGUAAUACCACAGUGUUUAAACAGUUCAGAACAUAAGGGUCAAAAUAAUAAUAUACUUUCAAUGAAGAAUGAAUCAGAAGUACCUGUUCAUUUUAUCAAUGAAAAAUUAUCAAAUGAAUGUAUACAAAAACCUGUGGACCAAGUACAACGUACAGAAGAAGACACUAUUCAAGACACUAUAUUAAAAACUCAAGAUACUAAACUUGAUAAAAAUAAAAGCAAUAAACCGGAUUGUUUGGAAAAUCCAAAUAUACCUGAAAAAUUACAGAGUAUAAAUAUUCAACACAAACAUCAAGAAUCCAGUGACUCUGAAUAUUAUAUUCCUAAUAUACAUAAAAGAAAUAAAUAUACUAAUGCUUUAAGGAUGAAGAGAGAAUGCAAUACGAGUGGAGAAGAAACAACAGAUUCUGAAUUUAUUUCACGAAAAAGUAUCCAACAGAAAGACGUUCCUGAUAAUGAUAAACUAGCAACAAAAACUGUUAAGAUGAAUACAGAUACAAUACAUGGUGAUGUCAAAAUUUCAUUUCAAAAUCAAGAUCAAGUGGAUAUUAUGUCAAAAGCAGCUAAACAUCCUCAAUUAGUACCAAGAUCUAAUGUUAUUGAUAAAAAUCGUAAUGAAUACAAGAAGAUUAUGUCUGAAGUAAAACCAAGAAAUAAAUCUGAACAAAAUUUGCUUUGUGUGAAAGAUGAAUAUAAAAGGAAGAUAUAUCACAAUUCUGAACCACAUAUUACAUUCAAACAGAAGAAAGUAUCAGGUAAAUUUUCUAGAAAGGCAAAAUCUUAUUUUCAAAAAAAUUCUCAUUCAGCUUUGGUGGAUUCUGAUUAUACAAUGAUGUGGCCUGAUUGUCAACAUAGUAGACACAAACGUAAUGAAACAAAUACUCACAAGUCUAGUAAUGAUAAGACAAAAAAAUUUGAUCAACAAGUUGUAAAUACUUUGAAUUCGAAUGAACUUUCUGUACAACAUGAUGAAAAUAUCGAUUCAUGUCACGAAGAAACUGCAAGUUGUUCAAAAACAUGUUUGCAAAAGGAAUGUUGCAAAUGUGAAGUUUCUCCCAGAUCAAAUACAGAUGAUGCCAUUGAAAGACCAAAAAGUAUUCCUCCAAAGACUCAAGAGUUAUUGAAUAAAAGUUACUGGGAAUUUUACAACAAAUUAAAACAUAAAAUAAAUGAUGUAGGACAGGAAUUUUCGUACCAACUUACAAUGGAUAAAUUAGAAAAAGCGCCGAAAGGAAAAUCAAACGAGGUAUACAAUCAGAAAUUACGGAGUCAAUUAAAAUUAAAUCCUGAACUGCAAACGUUACAGCAGUGUUCAGCUCUUUCUAGUAUGAUUAAUAAAGCAUUAGAUACGAAUCUUCAGUCGGAUAUUAUGCAGACAAAACAAUUGUAUGUAAAUGACAACAUGAAAUCAUUGUCAAAUCCUGUGGGUGCAGUGCAAAAUGUUAAUAUGAAACAAAUGGUUUCAAAUUUGAAUAAUGAUGAACAUAUGGUUAAUAAAGUGAAGUACAAACAAACUCAAGUGAAUGAUAAACAAUUUUUGGAACUCAAAUCUAUCAUAUUUUUUGGUGGCAUGAUGUAUAUCCUGAUAAUAUUUCUGCCAAUGUUGUAUGAUUAUUUUUACCAUCAAGAAUAUGAUGAUUAUGAAAAUGUGAGUUACUUGGAACUGAUAGUGGAAUAUAUUUUAUCCUCGUUUAAAGAAGCAUUUGGUGAUGUUUGCAAUGGCGUAAAGAAAGUUUUUCUCUAUCUACAUUCAUGUAAGAAAUGCACCAAUUCUUCGUAAAAUUAGUGAUGAUGAGCGCAUUAUGUAGAGGCUUAAAAAUAUUUUAGUAUGGUCUGCACUUUGUUUAUUAACCAAUAUUUAUUUUUGUACUGAACAAGUAUUUUUGUAAUCGAUUGUGCACCUGAUUGUUUUUCGUAUUUCUGUUUAUAGUUAGAAUAUACACGUGUAU